GGUGCAAUGUUUUCCAAAUGCAGUAGCCUGAGAAAGCUAUCUCCACUAUCCUACUCCCGUUCGCUUCUUUACUGCUUUGAGCUGUCGAAAUGAACCUGUAUGCAGCUUAAAUGAUCUUAAAAUAUGUUUCAAGUCCCAUCGCUGUGUCUGCAAAACAUAAGGAGUAAAUCUUAGCUAAAACGAAGGCAAGGUAACGGAGCAGCAACAGUCCCGAAGCUACAGUACUUAGUGUUGUAGUAUGCUGGACGUGGGCAAGUGGCCAGUCUUUGCACUCCUUCCACCAGAGGAACUGCGCCUUAUCCGUCAAGCUUGUGUCUUUGGCAGUGCAGCCAACGAAGCCAUCUAUGUAACAGUCAAUGACGAGGUGUUUGCGCUGGGUACCAACUGCAGUGGCUGUUUGGGGCUGGGAGACCUUCAAAGCACCAUCGAGCCGCGGAGGAUUGAUGUUUUAUGCGGAAAGAAGAUUGUGUCUCUGAGCUACGGAACCGGGCCUCAUGUGGUUAUCGCUACAGCAGAUGGAGAAGUGUUUGCUUGGGGACAUAAUGGCUACAGCCAACUGGGCAAUGGGACCACCAACCACGGCCUGACGCCUGCUCUUGUGUCCACCAACCUCCUCAGUAAGAGGGUCACCGAGGUGGCCUGUGGCUCCCACCACACCAUCGCGCUCACCACAGAUGGAGAGGUGUUCGCCUGGGGAUACAACAACUCAGGUCAGGUGGGUUCAGGCUCCACAGCCAACCAGCCCACCCCCCGCCGAGUCAGCAGCUGUCUGCAGAACAAGGUGGUGGUGAACAUCGCCUGUGGACAGCUCUGCUCCAUGGCCGUGCUGGACAAUGGGGAGAUUUAUGGCUGGGGCUACAACUGCAAUGGACAGCUCGGUUUGGGAAACAAUGGCAACCAGCAGACCCCCUGUCGGAUCGCAGCUCUUCAGGGGGUCGGUAUUGUCCAGGUGGCUUGUGGAUACGCGCACACACUGGCCCUUUCAGACGAGGGGCUGGUCUAUGCCUGGGGAGCCAACUCCUACGGACAGCUGGGGACAGGAAACAAGAGCAACCAAGCCCUGCCCACUCUCAUAAACACAGACAAGGAGAGGAUGGUGGAAGUAGCAGCCUGCCACACGAGCCACACGUCUGCAGCUAAGACCCAGAGCGGGCAGGUGCUGAUGUGGGGUCAGUGCCGAGGUCAGGCCGUGGCCAGUCCUCACCUCACUCACUUCAGCUCCACAGACGACGUGUUCGCCUGCUUCGCCACGCCCGCCGUCACCUGGCACCUCCUCUCUGUUGAUGGCGAUGACUACCUGACCGUCGCUCAAUCUCUGAAGAAGGAGUUUGACAGUCCAGAGAUCUCAGACCUCAAGUUUCUAGUGGAUGGAAAAUGUAUUCAUGUCCAUAAAGCCCUGUUGAAAAUCAGGUGUGAACAUUUCCGUGCACUUUUGAACGAAACCGAUGAAGAUGCCAUUGAAGUCCAUCAGUUCUCCUACCUGGUGUACCGAGCCUUCCUGGAGUAUCUCUACACCGAUACCAUCAACCUGCCACCAGAGGACGCUAUUGGGUUGUUAGAUUUGGCUACGUUCUACCGGGAGUCGAGACUGAAGAGGCUGUGCCAGGAGACCAUCAAGAGGGGCAUUUCAGAGGAGAACGCCAUCACUCUGCUGUCUGCUGCGGUCAAGUAUGAAGCCAAGGACCUGGAGGAGUUCUGCUUCAAGUUUUGCGUCAACCACCUCACAGCUGUCACCCAGACGCAGGCCUUCGCAGACAUGGACCACGAUCUUCUCAAGAACUUCAUCAGCAAAGCCAGUCGUUACGGGGCCUUCAAGAACUGACCCGCGGAGUACCGUGCCCUGACACUGUGAGGCAGACAGUUCCAGGGCGCGCUACUCAACUCUACACCAAAGUAAACAGCAGACUCAUGGAUACUUCAAAGCCCUCACGUCCGGGAGGUAAACAGGAGAGCCAGAAGGAGGUUAUCCUCUCCCUGCCCUGUGUCCUGGGUCCUGGUCCUGAAAGCAGCCCAAACACUCAAGAUGCUUUGGCUCUGAACACUAGAUUAUAUCACCAGUGGAGUCACAAGCAGAGUGUUGAAAGGUUAAAAGGCGCUGUACCAGAUUUUUACUGUCUUAAAAACGUAAAAAUAGAACUACCGUAUUUUUCAGACUAUAAGUCGCUCCGGAGUAUAAGUGGCACCAGCCAAAAAAUGCAUAAUGAAGAAGAAAAAACAUAUAUAAGUCACACCGGACUGUAAUUUUUACUUUUUGGGGGAAAUUUAUUUUAUAAAAUCGGAGACCAGGAACCAACAUUUCAUCUCGAAAUGCAAGUUAUAAUAAUACUUAUAGAACAGAUAACAACAGGCUGUUAAUUUAAGAACAGUUAUUCAGAUAAUUAUAGCAUAAAUUACAUAACAUAACAAGUUUACCAAACUCUCCAUCUUACUCCAAAUCACUAAAUCUAUUGAAUUUUUUAUCCUCGGUGUCACUUCUGAGCAACUCCGCGACCUCCGGAGGUAAACUGAGCGCCGCUUCCUCUUCUGUGUAGCUGUCGUCAGAUUAAGCAUCAGUUCCAAUUAGAAUUAUUCCGGCCUUUCACAGUCCCUCACAAGUUUCUCGCUCACUCCAAACUUUCUUUCCGCUGCUUGAUUCCCGUUUUUGGCUGAAUAUUUCACUACUUGCAGUUUUUUCUGCAGGCGACAUGUGCAGUAGAUUGAAGUGACAGUGGUACAGGAGUAAUAGGAGCAGCAGAUACAGACACACAAGCCUAGAGCCUCUCACGGCUAUCAGUGUGAAAAUUUUAAUAUAUAAGUCGCACCAUAGUAUAAGUCGCAGGACCACCUAAACCAUGAAAAAAGUGUGAAUUACAGUCCGAAAAAUACGGUAAUUCAUUUUAAACAUCUUGUAAUGGUCUAAAGUUCUUCCUCACUUACCUUACACAUACCGAGCAUUCUAAUUAUUCAUCACAAUACAUUUAUAAACUCUUUACAACUUUUUGAGAUUAGAGCUAAGAACAACUAGCAAGCAAACCAUGUGAUUCAUGAUUCUCUGACAAUAAAUUGCUUUAUAAUUAGAUGCAAACAGUACACAGCUGACUUAUUUUGACCUCAAGAGCUGCUUAUAUAUAUAUAAUAAUACAUUUGUACUGGGGUAAGACAAAGUUUGCCGAAAAAUCGGGUACAGGGCCUUUAAAGACAGAAAUGUGCUACAAUUUGAAACCAAAAGACAUAAACAUUUAGAAUUCUGUGCAAUAAUAUGUUCUGCAUGUAAUGAUACUAAUACUAAUACAACAGAAAAGAAUGCAAAAAAUUUACAUUAGGUAUUAAUAUCUGAAAAUAUACUGUAAAGUGCUGACAAAAGGUCAGAAAAUUAAAAAAUAGUUGUAAUAGGGUCAAAGCACAUUACCUGAACGUUAAAAAGUCAGUGUCAGUGUUUUUGAAUUUCUUGUAUGCAAAAAAUUUGACCCAAUCAAUACCAGUGCGAGUUUGAAUUCUAGCAAUAGUUAUUCUAGGAAACAAUAUCGUAGAAGUAUAUGCAGUAAUAUGUUUGUACUUACGCAUUUUCAAGCCAUAUUAUAGAGAGAUUGAAUAAUGCAUGAGCUCCCUCUUUAUCAAACCCCAAAACCAUAGAAUUUGAUGAAAUAAUAAUAUAAAUAAAAAGUAAAAGUCAUGGACUGAACCCACAUAUGCUGCUUUCUCCUACACCUUUUAGCCUCUCCAAUAAUCUCCACCGAGAGAAACAUGCAAAACUGUGAAAAGAUGCACUUGGAAUUUCAUCGCUCAUAUCUUUUUUUUUUUUUUUUUUUUUUUUUAAUAUGUAUAGAACUCAUAUUUUAUUUUUGCUACUUUAUUGUGACACUUUGCCAUUCACCACUACAAUACGACGAGUUAAAAUGGCACACAACACAUUUUUUAAAUUAUUAUUUAGUUAAAAAAAUAAAUCAGAAAUUAAAAAAUACAAACUGAAAAUUUGAGUUUAACUUUUUUCCAUUUUUUAUUUAUUUUUUUAUUUUUUUUCAAAUUCCAGAAUAAUUAUCUGUCAGUAAAUAAGUCAAUUAAUGUGGAUAGAUCAUUUUGAAAGAAAAAAACACUAUAUAAACACCAAUCAGAAUUAAGAACCUUGAAAUUACACCCAAAACAAAACAAAAAAGUCUAGAUUCAAAAAGAGUGAAAUCACAAUAAAUAUUAAAAAUUCAAAGUGGUCAAGUCAAGCUUUUAGGGAUGGGAUGAAACAAAAUUUCCACAAGACAAGACUAAAUUUUAUCCUAAUUCCUAGUAUAAUAUAUACAUUUUCACGGUUCACUUUCCAAUUUUGGCCUCACAGUUUUGUCAUUUAUUUAAUUUCAUAGUUUUGUCUCCAGUCUAGUACUGUUUUGUGCAAAUGUAAGAGAUGCAAACACAUGGGGAAAAUCUCAUGAGAUAAUUUUUCUCUUGUUUGCAUGAGGCAGUUUUGUCUCUUGAGAUCUUGUCGCACGAGAUCUUGUACCAUCCAUACAAGCUUUGUUUUUAUAGCACAUUUAAAAGCAACCUCAGUUAACUUGAUAUCUGAACAGACCAAAAUGGUACACCCACUAAAACGUUCAAAAGUUACAGUAUUGGGUUUCUGUGUAUAUGUGUAUAAUAGCGUUGUGCAAUGGCAGACUGAGACACAGAGGUGCAGCUGGUCGUAAGUCUGAGAUAAGGACAUCCUUCUGUGUGUUUACCCCGCUCAGAUUAACCCCGUCACUGCUGUUAUCUGCCCUAGACAACUCAAGUGAUUUCUGAGCUCUCUACAAUGUUACUUUACGUUAUUGUCAUGUUAUUUUACUGUUUACAUGUUUUAUAUCAGUGUUUGUUUUGUUAACAGUUGUAUGUGUCCAUGUAAUCCACUCAGCACUAAGUGAUAAUCAAAAUAUGUAGGGCUGUAACUCUUUUAACGGUGCACUGCAUAACUUUUCAGAUGGAGAGUUCCCUAAGUGCUUGUCUCCAUGGAGAUGUUAUUGCUUUGCCAUGGUAUGACAUUAAACGUAUCGAUCUAGCAUUUAUUCAUACAGGUGUUUCUAUUGCUCAAAAAUACAGAAAUUCCUUUUGUGAACAGUCUGUUUCACUUAGGAUUCGUUCGCUCGAUGGUAGGCGGGUAUUUUUUUUCAUUUAACCAAUCGCUGCUAUUUGGUCGUGACGUAUGUAAUGCGCCGCUAACAGGACAAACUGGUAUAUUAAGCUUUUCCCAAAUCCCGUAGGAAGAAGGGCAAUAACUUCUUUCCUCUUGAUAAAAUUCACCAAACAUUCUCUUUUUUUCUGGCUUUAAAUCCUCAAUCUCGGGAAUCAUUGCCAACUCAGAAUGUAUGGCUCUUCGUUGAUUGGCUUGUGCCCGAACUCGCACUUCUGGGGUUCUUCCAAACUGUCAAGGGUAUUCUGAUUCCUGACCUGGUCGCUGGAGAGAAAUGAAAUUGAGUUGAGGCACUAGGUUGUAAUGUAGCAUAGUGUUGUGACCUGCUUGUCUCCCACGUGAUAGAUCUUAUACACAGGGUUCCCGCAGUCAGGGAAAUCCUGGAAAUGUCAUGGAAAUUGAAAAUGUCUUUUUCUAGGCCUGGAAAAGUCAUGUCAAUUUGUAAAUUUAAUGAAAGUUAUGGAAAAGUCAUGAAAUUCUAGUGUCUCUACUAAAAGUGUCUCUACUAAAGCGUAAAGAGAUGACACUAAAUGCACUGACAGCAUUUUGAAUGUUAAAAACUAUAAAACCAAACCAUAAGGUGAGUGGAAAGAGUUAACAUUUUAUAUUUAGCCCUAAAAGUCUGAUCAAUUCUACACAUGUAGGUGCCGUAAAUUCAUGGAAAAUUCACUUUAGUCAUGGAAAAGUUUAGAAAUUUUGUCAGUGAAAAUGAGUGGGAACCCUGUAUACAUGAUCUAAUCUAUUCUGUGGAACAUUCUAAACAAAGCAAUCAUAAUAAUUUCCAGGGAGAGAAGCAGGCGGCGGGCCCUUCACUAGAAAUGUUACGCAAUGCACCUUUUAAUAUAGAUUAUAGAUAACUACUUGGGCUGCACGUUAUUUGAAAAUGUUGCGAUACGGCUGUUUUAAACUUUAACAGAGACAUAACCAGGACUAAAUCAGAGCUAAUUUCGGACUUAAUUAGGAAAACCAUUAAUAAAAUCAGCUUUGUGUAGCCCUAAUAAGUAGCGUUUGUUGAUUGUCACUGCCACAAAAUUCCUGGGAUAGGCCACUCAUCACCACUAAUGAAUUAGAGUAGCUGAAAUGUUUAUGUUUUUUAAGAAGUUACUUUUAACCAAUUCUUAAACAAAAUUGGAUGUUACUAUGCUUUUAUUUGAAAAGCCAAUUUAUUGUAUGUAUUUUUCCCUUUUUUUCUAAAAUUAAUUUCUGUUGAUAUUUUGUAUUGUAUAUGCCUUGCCCUUACUGUGCAAGGGUCUAAACAAUUAAAGAAAAUGACUGAAAAA